GAUGGACAGUUUAAUGCUGGGGGCUGGUGACACUGAAGUCCUGGUGAGAUGUCCUUGAGUGGCAACACGAGCCAGUCUUCUCCGUCAACGACAGCUCUGCCUCUGUCCCUCAACAGCUCCACCAUUCCACGUUCCCUACCAUGGGAGGAGGGAAGAACCAGUCAUGAGUCUGUGCAGGAGUGGCUGGGGAAUAAGACCCAGCUCCUCUCAGACCUCUCUGUUCUCGGGCAUGAUGAGCAGUGCCCUAUGUCUGCUGUCCUCACGGCAUGUCUUGUAGUGUGGUACAGCCUUACAAUGGUGCUGGGGAUGCUGGGGAACAUCGGCCUCAUUUCCAUCAUCACCCGUCGCAGAGAAAAAGUCAACGUUACCAGCAUUUUCAUCUGCAACCUGUCAUUCUCUGACAUUCUGGUGUGUGUCUUUUGCCUCCCCUUCACCGUCAUAUACACGCUAAUGGACCAUUGGGUGUUUGGGUCUCUGUUAUGUCGUCUGGUGCCGUUCAUCCAGUGUGUGUCUGUGACCGUGUCUGUGCUCUCGCUGGUUUUCAUCGCUCUGGAAAGGCAUCAGCUCAUCAUUAACCCCUCUGGAUGGAAACCAAGUAUUCCCCAGGCCUAUAUUGCGCUUGUUCUCAUUUGGAUUAUUGCCUGUUUCACAUCCUCACCUUUCUUGGCCUUUCAGCUCCUCACAAAUGAGCCCUAUGUAAUACCAAUCCCGCCGGAGUCUCAGCUCCAUCAGCAAGCAUCUCCUCAGGCCUAUCUCAAUGCAUCUCCACCUCAAUCGGUCUCCUACACAUUCAAAAACUCAUCUGGUCUUCCAAAUUCAUACCGUACCCUCUUUUCUUACAUCCCCGCCUCUCCACAUAUGGAGGCCUGUCUGGAGCACUGGCCAUCCCAGCAUCACAGGCUUGCUUACACCACAUGGCUCCUGCUCUUUCAGUACUGUGGUCCACUGCUGUUGGUCCUGCUCUGUUACAUUAGAGUUUUUGUGCGUCUUCGCCACCGCAAAGACAUGCUGGACCGCGCCAGGACCCCAGAAAGCCAGCGCAUGACCCACAGCCGUCGAAUCAACAUCAUGCUCGUUGCCCUCAUAACAGCCUUUGCUCUUUGCUGGCUUCCGCUCACCAUCUUCAAUGUGGUGUCAGACUGGAACCAGGAGGCUCUCCCCAUCUGCCACCACAACCUGCUGUUCUCCCUCUGCCACCUGCUGGCCAUGUCCUCCACCUGCAUCAACCCCAUCAUCUACGGCUUCCUCAACUCCAACUUUCGGCAGGAGGUGAGAGAGGUGCUCCUGCACUGCCGCUGUAGCCCGCUAGAAGAAGAGUGUGAGCGUUUCCCCAUGUCCACCGUGCACAUGGAAAUGUCCCGCACCUCUGUGCCUGUCAACUGCAAGAGCAACUCUGUUUGACUUUGAUGUUACAGUUAAGGAUGUAGUCACAUAAACUGUACAGGUGUAGGACUUACUUCUGUUUGUUCUACCUUUAAUGACAGUUUUGACAGUGGUUUAAAGUGCAACAUUUUUGUCAGUAUUUAGAAGUGAAGUGUGCAGUAUAAUGUUGGUUUAUCUUUUUAUGAAGUAGCGUUUUAUGAAGAGUGUGUUGAUGUGAAAAACUCAAAAGAAAAGUGCCAUUUUAAACUACUCUGUUGCUGUGUCCUAAUUGUAUAUAGUAUGUACUAUAAUCUAUUCAUGACAGUAUACAGCUUUCUUUUCAGUAGGUAUACAAAAAAUCAACAUAUUUUACCAUUUUAUAUAUACAAGAAAUUAUCAAAUGUGUGCCCUAUUGGAUGUCAAUUAUACAGACUAAUGUGAAUUUAACUUAUAAUAUUUUAUACAAAGUAUGUUGGAACUGUACUCUCGAUGCAAGCUGCAUAUUGUGAUACUAUCAAUAUACAGAAGGGGAAGUUCAGGGAAAACCUGAAUAAACAAAAGGAGAAACCAAACAAAUGAAGAAACAGGGCACGAGGGGUCACUGAAUAAACUUUUUUACAUUCAGACUACCACAGAUUUUACUAAUAACAUUAACAAAGGCUCCAAUUUAAUCAAGUUUCCCAGCACGACAGUGUGACAUUGAGCCAGUGUGCACAAUAAUCCAGGCAGCAGUUACGUUUGUCACCAUAAUGUAAUAUGAAAACAAUUUAGUAUUAUACAGACUCAAUUUCUAAGAGGCAGGGUUGUACCAAGAGCCUGACACUGAAGAAGUUAAAUUAAAUUCAGCCACCAUUACUGUUACACCAACUUUUCCUACUGUGACAUGUUAAAAUCAUAUGAAAAAGGUCUAUUGUUUGAUUAAGUAUAAAACAAAUGUGACUGUACUGUGGCCCUCAUAGUCACCAGACCUCAAUCUGAACAGCUGGUAGAUUUUGGUUACACAGCGCUCCCCACCACAAUCAUCCAAACACCAAAUGAGGGAAUGAAUCCACAGUUUCAGAGACUUGGAGAAAGGAGCGCUGCAGCUGUUCUUAAGACUUCUCGUGGGCCAACAAACUGCUAAGAGACUUUUUUUUACAUGUUAGAUUUUCAUUUGAUUUGUAAUGGUACUCUAUAUUGUACUGCAAAGUAACACAGAUGCAAUUUGUGACGCACAUGUUAAGAAUGAUUUCUUUCAUGAAUAUAGUGCUGCUGUUGUAUUUCUUAAAUUUUUACAUGAAUUCUUUUGUAUUUAUGGCAUGUGUGCUGUGACAUCAGUGUGUGAGCUUCUACAGUGGAAAAAAAACAUGAAGUAUAGUUUGUUUUGUGAUUAAUGUGACUUAUAGAGAUAACGGCUCAUAACAUUGUUAAAUUUGAAAACAGCUUUGGACAAGUUCAAUAAAUAUAGAAAGAACCAUCAACCAAUCAAAUGUGUUACCACAUGGUUUUAAUGGUUAUUCAUGAGUACAUUAACAUGUGUUAGUACUAUUUUGGUGCAGGGAAGGGUGUAUGGAGAUGUUCUCACAUAUCUUUCAUGACACUUUAGACCUGUAUACAUAGAUUAAAUACCAGUAUCGUCUUAAUACAAAUGCUUGUUUAUAGCUGUACAUGUACGUGUGAGACUGUAUGCCA